AGCAAUGUGGCUCUACGUGGCUGCCCUGGUGGGGCUUUACCUCCUUCAACGAUGGUACCGGGAGAGACAGAUGGUGGAGAACCUGACAGAGAAAUAUGCCUUCAUCACGGGGUGUGACUCUGGCUUUGGGAACCAGCUGGCCAGGCAGCUGGAUGCCCAGGGCCUGCGGGUGUUGGCCGCGUGUCUCACUCCGGAAGGGGCGGAACAGCUGGAAAAAGUCACAUCGGACCAGUUAAAAACCACCCUGCUGGAUGUCACCAGCACUGAGAGUGUUGCAGCAGCAACUGAGUGGGUGAAAACAUGUGUGGGGAACAAAGCUAUGUGGCUCUACCUGGCUGCCCUGGUGGGGCUUUACCUCCUUCGACGAUGGUACCGGGAGAGACAGAUGGGGGAGAACCUGACAGAGAAAUACGCCUUCAUCACGGGGUGUGACACUGGCUUUGGGAACCAGCUGGCCAGGCAGCUGGAUGCCCGGGGUCUGCGGGUGUUGGCCGCGUGUCUCACUCCGGAAGGGGCGGAACAGCUGGAGAAACGCACAUCGGACCGGUUAAAAACCACCCUGCUGGACGUCACCAGCACUGAGAGUGUUGCAGCAGCAACUGAGUGGGUGAAAACAUGUGUGGGGAACAAAGGACUUUGGGGACUGAUAAACAAUGCAGGUACUGCUAACCCAACAGCUCCCAACGAGUGGCUGACCAAGAAGGACUUUGUAUCAGUGCUGGACGUCAACCUGCUUGGGUUAAUUGACGUAACGCUUCACAUGCUGCCCUUUGUAAGGAAGGCCAAAGGGAGGGUGGUCAACAUGUCCAGUGUGUUGGGAAGACUGUCGUUCAUUGGAGGAGGCUAUCCUAUAUCCAAAUAUGGGCUGGCCCCGGACAUUCAAGAAAGCUAUGGGCAGAAGUUCUUGAAAAUGUAUUGCAAGAUGAUGCAACAUUCCAAGACAUAUAGUGGGAAGAACCUCCGUUUGGUGACGGACCGUAUAGAGCAUGCCUUAACAUCCCGCCAUCCUCGUGCUCGCUACUCUGCUGGCUGGGAUGCAAAGCUGCUCUUCCUGCCUGCCUCUUAUUGGCCAAGCUGGGUGGUGGACUGGCUGUUUCUAGUUUUUUUGUAUGUAACAGCACACACAAGUUAGAUUGUCUCACUACUAACUUGAGAGCUAGCCAUCAUUCAGAAGAGAAGACAUGGUUUUGCAUCCUGCUUGGAUUCGCAAGAGCUCAUUUCGACAAGUAGGGGCCUCUCACUUUUGCAAACAUUCAACAAAUGUAUAAAUGUGAAAGUGGUGUACCAACUGUCCACGUCUUCUCCUAAAUGAAGUCCAUUAAAGAGCUUCCUUCAAU